AUGCCACUGUACAUGGCAGCUUUAUCUGGAAAGAAAGAUAUGGUGAAGUAUCUGUAUGAAAAUUCCGAAAGAAUGACUAGCGGUCUUUGGACAGAUGAGUGUCGGGGUGGUGUUCUCUUGGCAUGUGUUGAGGCAGGGCUAUUUGAUGUUGCGCUACAAAUAGUGAAAGAUCGUCCAGAACUUGUUGAGAGCGAAAGAAGUCUACUUGGAGUUCUAGCUCAUAACCCUGGCGCAUUUAGGAAACAGUAUAACUUGAUCGAAAAAUUUGUUUUUCUACGCGAUGGAUAUGACGGACUUGUUAACGAGGGAAAUCAAGCCAUGGAGUUGCUUAGAAUCAUUUGGGGACAUAUUUUGAAAUUACCCAAGACUAAAAUUGAUGACAUACUAAGAGGGCCUCCUGACCAGAUUAUGGGUGAUAAAUAUUCCUCGAGGGUACUAUUUGCAGCUGCACAAAUGGGAAACACGGCAUUUAUAGUUGAGCUAAUACGUCAAUAUCCAGAGCAAGUACUAGCACUAAAUGAUAACAAGCAAAGUAUAUUUCACAUUGCUAUUACAUAUCGAUAUAGGGGUAUCUACUCUUUAUUGCAUGAUAUAGGCUCAAUGAAGGAAUCAAUAGUUGAUCUUGAAGACGAAAAUGGUAAUAAUAUGUUGCAUUUAGUCGGGAUCCUCAGUGAGACAGGAAGGAGUUAUCUAUUGAAGGACAUUCCAGGCCCAACUUCACAACUGCUAGAAGAUCUAGCAUGGUUUCAGAACGUGUGGACUAUACUCCCAGAAGAACAAAGCUGGCCUAAGUCCACGUGA